AUGAUAAAACCUCCACGAGUUCAAAAGCCUAGCAGCUCAGGCACAACGCACAAGAUCCGGAAGCAACUCAACUUCACGGAUGAGCGGCGGUGGAAACAGUUCUCCAGCCGCCGUUUGGAGCUAAUUGAGAAAUUCGGACUCGGGGAGCGCAAAGCCAGCGAGCAAGACAAGAGCAUCCGCCAGAUAGCUACCAUACUGCGUACUGAGUUUGGAUACCCGCUCAGCUCAUCUAGCGAGUUUGAGAAGCUGGUUACAGCUGCAGUUCAGUCCGUGCGACGCAACAGGAAACGUUCUUCCAAAUCCAAGCCUUCAAACCCUCAGGCCCAGGAGUCAGUUCUCGAGCCAUUUCCUGUUAUGACCACUACUCGAGAGUCCAGUGGUACCGACAAUUUGUUUUUCGAUCGCGACGGCGACCAAUUCGCGCGAGCUGAUAGGUACACCUCUGGGUCGAACUCGUCCUCGUCCCCGCCUGAGUCCUCAUUAACCUCCUUUAUCUCGCAUAAUCAGACGCUCCCGACUCUUUUUUCGCAUUCGGGCCAGCGCUCUGGCCCAACAAAAAACGCAUCUACCCUGGGUGCAGUGCCACAUGCUCUGCCGCAUCUACAGCCUAAGCCUCUCAGCAGUAGUAAUAAACCAGUAGGGGAUUGUGAAAACCCAGGCUCCUCUAUUGUUACCGCUCACACCCAGAACUACGACGAGGUCAUAAAGGCUGUGAUAGCAGACAUGGUUCAAAACCGUGUGGCUCUGCAUGUGCAAUCUAGGAACGAUGAGGUGACUCCGAAUUUGGCCGACUUUGCUCUUUCCAGCAACGACGGGAACUUGCUGAAUAUCGCGUUUCAAAGUCACGUCGCUCCAAGCAACCCACACACUACUGCAUACCCGAAAGCUCGAAAUCCUUCGGGCAACGACUCAAAUGAGAGUAAGAUUCCCUUCUUUCUACGUGAAAAAAUAUUGCUGCAUGUCCAGCGCUCCCGGGCCUGCCUUGAGGUUAGCACAGCACAAGGCUCGCUCGAGCUCUACACGAAUCUCUCUAUUUUGGGCGAAACAUCCGUCAAAGCAUCUGUUGCCUUCGUUAUGGAACGCUUCUUCUCUAACUUGUCAUCUUCAUCCAUGGAAUAUGUCACUUCGAAGCUAUGCUCUGAUCAAGAACUUGCAUUAAUAUCCGUCAGGAUCUUCGGUCCUGCCACAGAGCGCCACUUCGACCAAUUACCUCACGGGGCCCAACUUAAGCUGUUUUACAUUGUUAUUGGGGGAAUAAUCAAAGACUUUGGUUUUGAUCCUUGCAUUUACCCUUUGAGCGAGAUAAUGCACGAUGUCAUACUUAGACAGUUUCCGCUUGGACAUCAUCCCAAAGGGGACUUCAAGCGCGCUGCGGUAAUGUCGACGGUGUCUAUGGCGCCUGCAGCUGCUAACAAGGACGUGUACAGGGUUGUGUUGCUGAAGUUUAAGGAUAAAGAGCAGAGGUUUACCUUUCAUUUGCUAAGCAACGGGCCCCCAACAAUCGCUGAGAUUAUUGCAAACUCCCGCAGUUUGUUCCACAUUGUGUCCCAAACCAAAAGUUUGUAUCUCAUCCACAACAACAGAGUUAUAAAUGACGACAUGGAGUUGGCCAGGGUAUUCAACAGAUUCACCUCCGAGGAGAUCGUUAUAGAGCUGCGCGACGUCAAGCCGGAGCCUCUUGACGGGCUCGCGAUGUUGAGCACUGUAUCUGCGUCUGAAUUUUCUGACCCGGGUUCUCAGAAAGCGCUACCAAACAGGCAAAACGGGGCGAGCACCACCCCAACAGCGUAUUACCCAGCCGCGUCGCCUCUAGGCCCAGACUGCCAUUCCAAAGAAAGUGGCGAUUCUGAAAAUAUGCCCUCGACCUCGACAAUUCAGAGCGACCGUGAUAAGGUUGCGUCAGAAGGCUCGGGCGCGAAGGAGCAGGCAGAAAAUGAACAAAAAACCGGAUCAGAGGUUGGACAGAAUCCGGAAACCAGUGCAAGCGCCCCGCCCAGACGUCGCUUUCAACCACUGCUUUAA